CGUGAAGUAUCGAUUAAUCAGUUUGUUAUAAAUAUUUUACAGCACUUGCAUCACUGUAGUAAUAGAAUAUCGUGAACCGUAAAUUUUGAUGAGUGCCACAUUAAUCCUUUAUUGCUGUGACUGCACAAACCUUCAGUUUUUUUUGCCAGGUCGCUUUGUUACUGCAGAACAGUUAUCGGCACACCUUACAUCCAUAAUGAAAGUAGUUGCGCUUGUUAGUGGUGGCAAGGACAGCUGCUAUAAUAUGAUGCAGUGCGUGGCAAAUGGCCACGAAAUAGUUGCACUGGCCAAUUUGAAGCCUUCCAAGGAGUCCGGGAAAGAUGAACUGGACAGUUUCAUGUAUCAAACAGUUGGACAUGAUGCAAUUCAUUUUUACGCCGAAUGUAUGGAAGUACCACUCUACCGCCGCGAAAUUUUAGGUUCUUCCGUUCUCUUAACGCCGGAUUAUGUUGUUACGCGUGAUGAUGAAACUGAGGAUCUGCUCUUCCUGCUGCAAGAUGUUCUGAAAAAUCAUCCAGAUGUGCAAGGUGUGUCGGUUGGAGCCAUUCUAUCAAAUUAUCAACGUAUACGUGUAGAGCAUGUAUGCAAUCGACUCGGGUUGAUUUCGUUAGCGUAUCUUUGGCGACGUGAGCAAAAAGAGCUCUUAGCGGAAAUGGCUGCGGCUGGCGUCGAGGCGAUACUCAUUAAAGUUGCUGCCAUGGGCUUGACAGAGAGACAUCUGGGGAAAACUAUUGGCCAGAUGUAUCCUUUGCUAUGCACAAUGAAUGAACGUUUCGACUUGCACAUUUGCGGUGAAGGUGGAGAGUACGAAACAUUUACCCUUGAUUGCCCAUUGUUCAAAAAGCGGAUCGUAGUAGAAGAAUCGGAAAUUAUCACGCACGAUGAUGCCGCCUUCGCAACUGUCGCGUAUUUGAAGUUCAUAAAGUGCCGUUUGGAAUCAAAAGCAUCCGACGAACUGCCAAAAAGUUUCGAUUUGGUGCGGAUACCUAAUUGGGAAGAGUCUUGGGAGAAAUACGAUCAAGUCGUGGAGAGCAUGGGUCAAGCUGACAAAACCAUCACAUUGCCGCAACACACGCCACUGGUAGAUGUGACCGAAGAGCUAUUCGCUGGAUAUACGACCGCCAAGCGUGGACAAUAUUGUGCCAUUUCUGGAAUGACAGCGUACACGGACUCCCGAUCCACAACGGAAAUCACAUCCAUACAAGAAGAAACGAAGCAGUGCAUGAAGAACGUAGAAUACAGAUUGAAAGAUGCAGGUCAGACUUGGGACAAUGUUUUGCUGAUUCAGGUUUACGUUUCCAACAUGGCAGACUUCGCUCUUGUGAAUCAAGUAUACAAGACGUUCUUUGAUAUAAAUCCACCCCCUCGUGCCUUAGUUGGAGCAGAUUUGGAAGGACCUGCAAGAUUACAAGUGGACGUGAUUACAAGGCGUUUCGAUGAUCACAGUCAGAAGCAAACUAUGCAUGUUCAGGGAAUGUCCUAUUGGGCGCCUGCUAAUAUUGGUCCCUACUCACAAAGUGUUGUGACAAAAGAGCUGGCGUGCAUAGCUGGCCAGAUAGGGAUGAUACCUAAUACUUUAGACUUACCCCAACCCCAGUCAAUUGUGAGCGAAGCAGCAUUAUCACUUCGUAACCUGGAAUGCAUCACAAGUGUUCUGGACCUAGAUCUCACAAAGGAUGUUGCGAUAUGCCAUUGCUAUGUGAGUGAUGAGAAUUUGCUGCCGCAGGCGCAAAAAGCAUGGGCGGGUUACUUUGAGGAUAAUUGCAUACCACCAACCAUAUACGUUGCAAUUCCGUCCCUUCCAAAGAAUGGACUGAUAGAGUGGCAGGCCAUGCUUGGAGUUCAAAGUCCAAUAUCAGCAGAUGAUGACGAUGAUGAUGACUCUCCAUCAAUACCAUCGCUACCACAACGUCCUGAAUCUAGCUCCACAUCUUCCGAGAAAAAUGAUGUAGUGGUAGAAACACAGUGGUGGUCUUCAAGCACUUUAUACUUUGCCACAUCCUGUGCGGCGAUUGAAGGUGACAAUGUACCUAUGAGCACGAUUGUUGAUGUACUACUAUCAGAUGUCGAAAAAUCUAUCUCUAAUUUCGGCACUGGAUGGAACACAGCAUUGUCUAUGAGAGUGUUUUAUCGGUUGAAAAAUGACGCUCAAACAGGACAAGCAUGGGAAACUGCCUUCAAGCGCAGGUUAGCUAUUAUUGCACCAAACGCACAACCAGCGGUCACCGUUGUGCCCGCUACUGCAAUUGGUGCACGCGCUAAAGGAAUCUUAGGUGUAUGUAUUCAAGCAGUUAAAUAAAGCGGCUAAGGUCUCCAUAUUAUCUUGUAAAGGGGCGACAUCCGUAA